CCAGCAUUUUGUAGCUAUAAAACUCAAGCCAAAUGUUCCAGUUCCUCCUAUUGCAAAUGGUUGGGAAAAGAUAUGUGCUAAAUCUUGUAAGAUAUGGGAAAAUUUGUUCUUAGAAAGAAUAGCUCGUUUUAAGAAAGAAUAUGAAGAUGAAUACAGAUACUUACAAAAAGAAAAUUUAGAAUAUGAUAGUGCAAUUGAA